ACGCCGGCCGUAUCGGCCGAGUGUGCGGGGAGGAGUUCCUGGACGUGAUGAACGCAGGCGAGCUCGGGCUGGGCGCGCUCGGCGCGCUCCUGCAGGCCGCCGUCCCGGCGCUGGAGUCCUUCGCGGGACCCGACGGCGCGCUGGGCCCCGACGAGCUCGCCAGGGUGCUGGGGCUCAUGGGCACCGCCAGCGCCGAGGACUGCGCGGAGAUCAUCGCGUGCAUGGACGGGGACGGCGACGGCGCCGUCAGCGUCGAGGAGUUCAAGCUCAUGGCUGACCUGCUCUAGGCUCGAGCUACGUACGUAGUAUUGAGCUAGCUAGAGGGCGUGCAUAUAUGCAGUUAUGUAUUGUGAAUUUGUGAUUGUGAUAUCGAUUAAUAAGCGUUAGCACGUCA